AUGGCAAGAAUGUUGAGAACAAACAUUCACCUUAUAUCUCGAAGAAAUUUUGGCUCUUUUUCCACUAUUAAGCCUCCCUCUCACAUUAAGAAUGAAACAGUUAAGUCUUUUGGACCAGAAGAUAAUAAGGAUUGGGAUUUGUUAAGAUCAUCGAUUAUGAAGUUGAAAGGAUCAUCAUUGGAAAUUCCCUUAGUUAUUAAUGGAGAGAGGAUUUACUCUAACGAUUCCCAGGGUGAAGUUAAAUUUCAAAGAGAUAUAGUUCCUCAAUAUAACCCAGCAGAUAAUAAACAAAUUGUUGCAAAUGUUACUCAAUCGACGCGUUCUGAUGUAAGAAAUGCUAUCCGUUCAGCUAUGGCAGCUAAGCAAAAAUGGAAUAAUUUUUCAUUUUACGACAGGGCUUCAGUCUUUCUCAAAGCUGCAGAUUUAAUUUCUACUAAAUAUAGGUAUGAUUUAUUAGCAGCUACGAUGCUUGGACAAGGUAAGAAUGUAUAUCAGGCAGAGAUCGAUUGUAUUACUGAAUUGAGCGAUUUUUUCAGAUUUAAUAUUAAGUAUGCAUCUGAGUUGUAUAAACAACAGCCAAUAGAAUCAACGCCUGGAAUUUGGAAUAAAGCAGAAUAUAGACCUUUGGAAGGGUUUGUUUAUGCAGUUUCACCUUUUAAUUUUACAGCUAUUGCAGGUAACUUAGUUGGAGCACCUGCAUUAAUGGGGAACACUGUUUUAUGGAAACCAUCUCUUUCAUCAACAUUAUCUAAUUAUUUGUUAUUGACAAUUUUGGAAGAAGCAGGGUUACCAGCUGGGGUGAUCAAUUUCAUUCCUGGUGAUCCAAAAUCAAUUACUGAUGAAACUUUAUCAAGUCCACAUUUCAAUGCUUUACAUUUCACUGGGUCUACAGAUGUAUUUAAAGAAUUAUGGGCAAAGAUUCAACAUGGUGUCACUAACAACUCAUAUAGAGAUUAUCCAAGGAUAGUUGGUGAAACAGGUGGUAAGAAUUUCCAUUUAAUUCAUAAUUCUGCCAAUAUAUCUGAUUCAGUUCUUCAAACCAUCAGAGGCUCGUUUGAAUAUCAAGGUCAAAAAUGCUCUGCUACUUCAAGAGUUUAUAUACCAAAGAGUAAAUCUAAAGAAUUUUUAACUGAUUUACUAGGAUUACUUAAUGAGCCUGGUGAGAAGAGUAAAUUAUUACCAAGAAAUACAGGAUCAAGCUCAAUCGGUGGUGGUGAUUUACAUGGGUUUAUUGGGCCGGUCAUUAAUGAGCAAAGUUUUAAUAAAUUGACAAAAGUAAUUGAACAAGCUAAAAAGGAUCCUGAUUUGGAAAUCUUGUAUGGUGGUAAAUAUGAUAGUACUCAAGGAUGGUAUGUGAGUCCCACAGUAAUUAAGACUAAAGAUCCCUAUCAUGAAUUUAUGAGGCGUGAAUUUUUUGGCCCAAUUGUUACCAUAUAUGAGUAUGAAGACGCAGAAUUUGAAAAAAUAUGUAGUAUUAUUGAUGAUUCAACCAAAUACGGUUUAACAGGGUCCAUCUUUGCUCGUGACAGAGAAGCUAUUAAUUAUGCACAAGAGAAGUUGAAAUAUAGCGCUGGGAAUUUCUAUAUCAAUGACAAGUGUACUGGUGCAGUGGUGGCACAACAGUGGUUUGGUGGGGCUAGAAUGAGUGGAACCAAUGAUAAGUCAGGUGGACCUAGCAUCUUAAACAGGUUUGUUAGUAUCAGAAAUAUCAAAGAAAAUUUCUAUCCAUUGACUGAUUAUAGGUACCCAUCCAAUUACGAAUGA